AUGGUGAAAACCACUUACUCCAAUAAAAGUGGACUUAAGAAAGGAACAUGGACACCAGAGGAAGACAAAAAAUUGAUUGCUUAUGUUACCAGAUAUGGUCACUGGAAUUGGAAGCUACUCCCCAAGUUUGCAGGUCUUGAGAGGUGUGGAAAAAGUUGCAGGUUAAGGUGGCUGAAUUACUUGAGGCCAAAUAUAAAAAGAGGGAACUACACUACGGAAGAAGAUGAGACUAUUAUACACCUUAUCCAAAGUAUCGGUAACAGAUGGUCUAUCAUUGCUGCUAAGCUACCAGGAAGAACAGACAAUGAAAUAAAGAAUUAUUGGCACACCAAUCUCAAGAAACGAUGUCAACAUCUCAAACCUAAAGUUUCUAACUCAAAGAAUCAAUCACCAACUGAACAAGAACCAAAGCCAAACAAUAAUAUUUCACCCUCUUCUCAAUCCACCGAUUCAUGUGCAUCAUCAACAUUUCCAUCCCAAUUCUCUAUAAAUACUGAUACCAGAAAAAAGAUGUUUGAUAUUAUUCCUGAGGAUGAUGAUUUUUCUUUGGUGGAUGCAUACCAACUAGAGCCUGUGAACCAAAACUUCUGGUUGGAACCAUAUAUGGUUGACAUAUGGGGCAUUCAUUGUGAUAUAUUGGUGCCUGAACACGAUUACAUCAGCCCUGUUUCUGACAUAGAACUUUGGAGUCACUGUAAUGAAUACUUUGCUUAA